ACCCUGAUGGACACGAAGUGGGUGACCUCUGAGUUGUCAUGGACAACUCAUCCGGAGACAGGGUGGGAAGAAGUCAGUGGUUAUGACGAGGCCAUGAACCCUAUCCGCACGUACCAGGUCUGCAACGUACGGGAGGCCAACCAGAACAACUGGCUUCGUACCAAAUUCAUCCAGCGCCAAGAUGUCCAGCGUGUCUAUGUGGAGCUGAAGUUCACUGUGCGGGACUGCAACAGCAUCCCCAACAUCCCUGGCUCCUGCAAAGAGACCUUCAACCUCUUCUAUUAUGAGUCAGAUACGGAUUCUGCCUCUGCAAACAGCCCUUUCUGGAUGGAGAACCCCUAUAUCAAAGUGGAUACAAUUGCCCCAGAUGAGAGCUUCUCCAAGCUGGAGUCUGGCCGCGUGAACACCAAGGUGCGCAGCUUUGGCCCUCUCUCCAAGAAUGGUUUUUACCUUGCCUUCCAAGACCUGGGAGCCUGCAUGUCCCUCAUCUCUGUCCGGGCUUUCUACAAGAAAUGCUCCAACACCAUUGCUGGCUUUGCUGUCUUCCCGGAGACUUUAACGGGGGCUGAGCCCACCUCCCUGGUCAUCGCACCAGGCACCUGCAUCCCCAAUGCAGUGGAGGUGUCUGUGCCCCUAAAGCUGUACUGCAACGGCGAUGGCGAGUGGAUGGUACCUGUGGGAGCGUGUACGUGUGCUGCUGGAUAUGAGCCCACCAUGAAGGAUACCCAGUGCCAAGCAUGCGGCCCAGGAACCUUCAAGUCUAAGCAGGGGGAAGGUCCCUGCUCUCCCUGCCCUCCCAAUAGCCGGACCACCUCUGGAGCAGCAAUGGUCUGCACUUGUCGAAACGGCUUUUUCCGGGCAGACACGGACCCCGCAGACAGCGCCUGCACCAGUGUCCCCUCAGCGCCCCGCAAUGUCAUCUCCAACGUGAACGAGACGUCGCUGGUGCUGGAGUGGAGCGAGCCGCAGGACACGGGCGGGCGGGAUGACCUGCUCUACAACGUCAUCUGCAAGAAGUGCAGCGUGGAGCGGCGCCUGUGCACCCGCUGCGACGACAACGUGGAGUUCGUGCCGCGCCAGCUCGGCCUCACUGAGCGACGCAUCUACAUCAGCAACCUGAUGGCCCACACCCAGUACACCUUCGAGAUUCAGGCUGUGAACGGCAUCUCCAGCAAGAGUCCCUACCCUCCCCAUUUUGCCUCUGUCAACAUCACCACCAACCAGGCAGCUCCGUCUGCCGUGCCAACGAUGCACCUGCACAGCAGCACCGGGAACAGCAUGACGCUGUCUUGGACUCCCCCAGAGAGACCCAACGGCAUCAUUCUGGACUAUGAGAUCAAGUACUCAGAGAAGCAAGGCCAGAGUGAUGGCAUCGCCAACACAGUCACCAGCCAGAAGAACUCGGUGCGGCUGGACGGGCUGAAGGCCAAUGCUCGGUACAUGGUGCAGGUCCGGGCACGCACCGUGGCGGGAUACGGCCGCUACAGCCUCCCCACGGAGUUUCAGACAACUGCUGAGGGCGGUUCCACCAGCAAGACUUUCCAGGAACUGCCUCUGAUCGUGGGUUCGGCCACGGCAGGGCUGGUGUUCAUCAUCGUGGUGGUAGUGAUUGCUAUCGUCUGCUUCAGGAAAGGGAUGGUUACUGAACACCUCCUCUCGUCUCCUUUGGGCAGGAAGCAGCGCAACAACACCGACCCUGAGUACACAGAGAAGCUGCAGCAAUAUGUUACCCCUGGGAUGAAGGUAUACAUUGACCCCUUCACCUAUGAGGACCCAAACGAAGCUGUCCGGGAAUUCGCCAAAGAGAUUGACAUCUCCUGUGUGAAGAUUGAAGAGGUCAUUGGAGCAGGGGAGUUUGGGGAGGUGUGCCGUGGACGCCUGAAGCUGCCUGGCCGCCGCGAGAUCUUCGUGGCCAUCAAGACACUGAAGGUGGGCUACACGGAGCGGCAGCGGCGGGACUUCCUGAGUGAGGCCAGCAUCAUGGGCCAGUUCGACCACCCCAACAUCAUCCACCUGGAGGGGGUGGUGACCAAGAGCCGUCCUGUCAUGAUCAUCACAGAAUUCAUGGAGAACUGUGCGCUUGACUCCUUCCUCCGGUUGAAUGAUGGGCAGUUCACAGUCAUCCAGCUGGUGGGAAUGAUGCGAGGCAUCGCCGCUGGCAUGAAGUACCUUUCGGAGAUGAACUAUGUGCAUCGGGAUCUGGCUGCCCGCAACAUCCUGGUCAACAGCAACUUGGUGUGCAAAGUGUCUGACUUCGGGCUCUCUCGCUUUCUGGAGGAUGACCCAGCUGACCCUACCUACACCAGCUCCCUGGGGGGCAAGAUCCCAAUCAGAUGGACAGCUCCUGAGGCCAUCGCCUACCGCAAAUUCACUUCAGCCAGCGAUGUGUGGAGCUACGGCAUCGUCAUGUGGGAAGUGAUGUCCUAUGGGGAGCGACCUUACUGGGACAUGUCCAACCAGGAUGUGAUCAAUGCCGUGGAGCAGGAUUACCGCCUGCCACCCCCCAUGGACUGCCCCACUGCACUGCACCAGCUGAUGCUGGACUGCUGGGUGCGGGACCGCAACCUAAGGCCCAAAUUUGCACAGAUCGUCAACACGCUGGACAAGCUCAUCCGCAAUGCUGCCAGCCUUAAGGUCAUCGCCAGCGUCCAGUCUGGCAUCUCCCAACCGCUCCUGGACCGCACUGUCCCGGAUUACACCACCUUCACCACCGUGGGAGACUGGCUGGAUGCCAUCAAAAUGGGACGGUACAAGGAGAAUUUUGUCAAUGCUGGGUUUGCCUCCUUUGACCUGGUGGCACAGAUGACUGCGGAGGACCUGCUGAGGAUAGGAGUGACGCUAGCAGGGCACCAGAAGAAGAUCCUGAGCAGCAUUCAGGACAUGAGGCUGCAGAUGAACCAGACGCUCCCAGUGCAGGUUUGACCACAGGGGACUCUGCAUUGGAACGGACCAAGGGAACCUGCCAAAAAGGUUCAGUUUGCGGUGCAGCCCAGCUUCCUGUUUUCCCCUCCACAUGGCGCUCCUCUGCCUCGGACGGUCGCCUGGGAUGGGAUGGGACGGGACACCCUUCCCUGGAUCGAAGGCACUCAUGCUGAGAGGGAGCCCAGCUUUUCGUCCCGUGUCCUGGAAUGGCGAGGCAGCAACACAUCUUCAUAUUGAAGAUGGAUUAUGGGACAGAGAUGGCACAACCCACUUCUCACCCUGUCUUGGUGCUCAUCGGUUUGAAGAGUUGUUCUGCUUCUUGGAUUUCUUUUCACCCUGUUUUUUCCCCCAGUCCUCACUUCCCUCACCUCCCCGAGGCCACAGACUGUUGACCCGUCCGCUGAGUCCAUCAGACACGUCCAAAGCCUUCCCUAACUCUGUUCCCCACACAGAAGCAGCCGGGGGAGGCCGAGCCAACGACAGGGCUGGGGCCACCAGCCCCAGACAAUCACUCCUCUCCUCCAGCCCUGGCAAGCCCUCCGCCCAAGGGUCUGCACUGGAACGUGUCCGAAGGGAAGGCUUCGCUCCCUUUCUUGGCUUUGCACGCCAGAACCCGAACCCAAUUUACUAUGCAGGGAGUUAGGCAAAAAAAAAAAAAAAAAAAAGGAAAAAAACCCAGAUAUAUUAAAAAAAGGUAAGAGGAGCAGAAAGGGGAGGAAGGGGGACCAGGUGCCCGGCUCCUCAUCUCUUACCCUCUUGGUUCUCCUGGCCAGCUCUGGACUGCAGAGCAAGGCCGUCAGCACGUUUGCACAGGGACCCUCCGCCCCCGGACCGACGGCAGCCACGCUCCCCCCGAGGGGCCGGAGAGCAGGGCUGGGGCGGGGGCUGCACCGGGGGCCGUGGCUCCCCCAGCCUCCUCUUUUAUGCAGAAGGAGCAGGUGCCGCCGGCGCGGCUGCCCACUCCUGACACACGCUGUGAUUGCUGCCAAAAGACUCACUCACCUUUCCCUGAGGAUUCAUUGCAGCCCGGUUCCUCCGAGCCGAGGGAGAGACUCCCAGCGUGCCUGAGUGUGCGUGAGUGUGUGCAUGCGUGCGUGGGUGUGUGCUGGCCGCAGGACUGUGGGAGGCAAUGGGCAGAAUAAAGGCAAUAAGAAUUUUA